AUGGCAAAUUUGAAGAAGUCCUGUCUUGCCAUGUUCGGCGGUUCGCUCUUGUUCGCCCUGUACUCAAGCCCACUUGGCCCAUCGUACGAAGAUGCACGGUCGAGUGGCCAGGCGGCUAUCUGCGGGAGAAGCCUAUCGGAGCUGUCCCUCCUCUUGGGUAGCUGGGACGGGGCGAGCGACUCGACGGUGAGCCUAAAUGAGGGUAGUAGCAUCGGCGAUAUUAGCGAUGACUACAGCGACGGUAGCAGUAUCAGCGGUAGUAGCAUCAGCGGUAGUAGCGACGACUGCAGCGUUCUCUGCUGCGAGGGGGACGGGCUGAGCAUCUUCAGCUGUGAGCCCGAGGGCCAUUCGACAAACGACCACCGCUGCAGCGGCGAAGACGACUGCGAAUUCAAAUUUGACGAGCACGACGUCCUCCCGUAUGGCUACCUCGAAGAAGACAUAGAUCGAAGCCUUUCGAACCAGCAGCUGCUGGAGCAGAUUCCCCACUACUUGCUCUUGAUAAGCAAGAAGGAUGCAUUCAUAGGAUUUUAUUAUUACCUUAUUUACCUCAACAGGUGUUACAGCCACGCCAUGCAAGAAUUGAAGCUAUCGUUUGCCCACAUGGCAAAAAUGAACAGGAUACCCUACGAUGUACAAAUAGAAUACUGGCAUGAAUGCAAAAGGGAUCAAAUGAAAACCUUAAGAGGGAUGGAAGAAGCGGGCAGAAAAAAUUUCAAAUUAAUGGUAAAGGGGAAAGCGGGGGUCAUACUCACUAGCCGCUAUUUUAAAUGCCUCAUUUUAUGCCAAAAUUUGUGGAAAAAGGUGGUGGCAGAAAAUAGGGAGAAGUGGAUGAUCAUCUUUCAAGAAGCUGCAAAUGGUAGGUAA